AUGGAGGAUGAAACUGAUCCCGAUGGUUCGAUUGCGCCCCUUCCAUCCCCGUUGGGGUUUUAUCUAUCUUCUCGGAUAACUGACGCCAGCCUCUUUGCAGAAUCGCCUGAAGCUGGGGAGAAAGAGUUCUGGACGUCUUGGGCGCUCUUUAUCCUCAUCCUGCUGUUGAUCAUAGCGCUGUUUACUAGCUACACACUGAAGCAGAGGCGGAUUCAGGCCGUACAUGAGACGGUUCUUUCGAUCUUUUCCGGCAUGGUGGUCGGGUUGAUUAUUCGUGUUACCCCUGGAACCCUGAUCCAGAAAUCCGUCAGCUUCAAUUAUCAAUUCUUUUUCAACCUCCUUCUUCCUCCGAUUAUACUGGCGUCGGGAUAUGAGCUACACCAGGCCAAUUUCUUUAGAAACAUAGGGACGAUUCUUACAUUUGCAUUUGCCGGGACUUUUAUUUCGGCGUUGGUCCUGGGAGCUAUCUUAUAUCUGUGGACGCGGAUUCCGCUCGACGGCCUAAACAUUUCCUUCGUGGAAGCGAUUUCGGUCGGUGCCACACUCUCCGCGACCGACCCGGUAACAAUUCUGGCUAUUUUCAAUUUUUAUAAAGUCGAGCCGAAACUUUACACUGUGAUUUUUGGAGAGUCCAUCUUGAACGAUGCCAUUGCCAUUGUGCUUUUCGAAACUGCCCAGAGAUACAAACCGGGCAGUACCGCCGGGUCGUUGACUGUUCUGAGCUUGCUCGAAGCCAUCGGCAUUUUCCUACUGGUUUUUUUUGGCAGCUUAUUGAUCGGGGUCGUCGUCGGAGUGGUCACGGCGCUGGGCCUGAAAUACACCCAUGUUCGCCGUGAACCGAAAAUUGAGAGUUGCUUGAUUGUACUGGUUGCGUACGCGAGUUAUUUCUUUUCGAAUGGAGUUCACAUGUCUGGAUAUAGGGAUUGUGUCGCUUUUGUUUUGAGGCAUUACGCUAAAACACUACGCAUAUUACAACAUGUCACGGAGAACCCAACUCACGACCCAAAUUUAUCUUUCCAAAUCUUAGCACAGCUCUCGGAGAACUUUAUUUUCAUAUAUCUUGGUUUGGAUCUGUUCACUGAGGACCACCUUCAAUUCAAACCAUUAUUUAUUAUGGUGACCGUCGUCGGUAUCUGCGUCGCAAGAUACAUGUCGGUUUUCCCGCUGUCGAAAGCGAUCAAUUGGUUUAUCCGAUAUCGAGCGAAGCGACGCGGGAAGGAUGUCGCUGACGAACUGCCAUUUUCCUACCAAGCUAUGCUCUACUGGGCUGGUCUACGUGGAGCGGUAGGCGUGGCGUUGGCUGCUGGCUUGGAAGGCAAGAAUGCUCCGGCACUACGAGCCACAGUCCUUGUGGUAGUAGUCUUAACCGUGAUCAUAUUUGGCGGUACAACGGCUCGAAUGCUAGAAAUUUUGGACAUCCGCACUGGCGUGGCGGAAGAGGUUGACUCUGACGAUGAAUUCGAUAUAGAAGUGACGAAUGGAGGUACUUACUACAAGAGAUCAGGGACCGGGAUCGGCCACACACCGCGCCGGGGCGACUUCACGAUCCCCCUGAACUCUGUUCAUAUUACGAACGGCGUUGAUGCGGGCCCUAUCACUGGCGAAAGUUAUGCGAGCAGUAACGGCCAUCGUUCCCCGCAGAUAGGGGAGGGCUCCAGCCACCUGGCCGCGAGAAAGGGCGCCAACUAUAGCCAGCGAGAUCGCGCUGCGCGCUCCCGCGAUGCAGCGUCGACACAAACACUGCUUGGAAGCCGUAGCGCUAGCCAAAACGGCAGUGCCAGCGGUAGCAGUGCUGAUGAAGCCGCAAUUCAUAACAGAAAUCGCACCUUGUCUCGUACAGCAUCAAAGAUGCCGGCCGAAAUAGAUCCAGAUCUGGAUGACUUUGAUUUGGAGCUCGAUUCAAUAUCUGAUGACGAUCACUUACCCCCCGCUGCUCCCUCGCACAGAGCGUCACGGGCCCCUUCUCGCUUAUCGACUCGCAGCCCCCUUGGUCCCGGACCGGUCACAGCACAAGCUGCUUCACCAGCGACGGUAGCAGGGCAAGUCCAAGGCCCGUCUUCUCGGCCUACACUUGCGGGAGCCACGAGCGCGUUCCGAGAUCUAUUGUCCGGUGCUGGGUCGCGGGACCAUGCAGAGUGGUUCAAGCAGUUGGACGAAGAGUAUAUCAAGCCAAAGUUGCUGCUUGAUCAAGGAUCCGGGCACAAGGGUCCUGGAGCGGUGUAA